UCACGUACUCGGCAUAUGAAGAAGAAAAUAGAGGACAACACAUUGGAGAAACUGAGCAAUUGGUAUGAAGAAGGAGAAGGUGAAAUCAAGUAUGACAGUGGAUAUAAAGGACAUGGUCGAGUUGAUGACAGUGAAAGAAAGAGAUUGACUUCAAAGUUCUCAGAUCAUGAGAUCUCCCAGGUCAGAGCUAAAGACAAAGAUGAAGCAGUGUUAGAUGGUAACCCUGAAAAGGCGCUAGAUAGAGAAUCUAGAUUUUCUGAAAGAAGGGAAAGUAGUAGAGAGAAGGGUCAUGGUUCUUCUGAGCAUGGGAAAAACUCAAGGAGAAAGUGGGAUGACUCAGAUGUCUUCUGGAAAGAUGAAGAUGGAAACUACACUGAAAAAUCUGAUAUAAGAAGUGGGAAGCUGACUGAGUCUAGGAUUGAGAUUUUUUUAGAGGAGGACCUGAAAGGAAGCUCGUCGAUGCGGUCGAGCAAGGAGAGAAGAGAGGAGCAUAGACACCCAAGAAAUCCGGCUGGUAGGGAAAUUGUUGACAGUCGUGAGAGGUCUUUAAACGCAGAUGAGGAUGGCAAUGCAUGGAUGAGAGACAAGAACAGGAGGGAAAUAGAUACUUCCAACAGGUCAAGGACACCUGAGCGGAGUGGAAGACGUCAAUAUGAACCAGACAACUUUGAUAUGGAUUAUGAGCGAAGCACUUCUUUUAGGAGGAAGGAACAAGAGAGAGAUAACUAUAGAGAUGAUAGGUCUAAAGGAAGAGAUGAAAGUUGGACUGAUAGGAGCAGGGAUCGCGAGGGCUCUAGAGAUGCUUGGAAAAGAAGGCAACCUAAUAGCACUGAAAAGGAAAUAAGGGAUAUUGAUACAGCUUAUGAUCAUGGUAGAGAGUGGGAUUUUCCUAGACGUGGUCGGAUUGACCAUGAUAGGCCUCAAGGUCGUUCUGGUGGUAGGAAAGACGGAAGCAGGACUGAAGCAGUGAAAACCUCUUCCAAGUAUGGAAUUUCGAAUGAGAAUUAUGAUGUCAUAGAGAUCCAAACCAAACCAUUCGAUUAUGGAAGGGAGGAAUCUAAAUCCCUCCUUUCCAGAAGCAAUGAACUGGGUCAGCAAUCUGAUACAUUGGCUCCAAAUGGUGAGGAGAAUGCUUAUUCUAGGAAAAGAUCUAGGAAUUCAUAUGCAUCUAUGCAAUCUGGUGAGGAUUCAAAGGAUAGAUUCACAGAUGGGGGCUUUUCUGGGCAAGACCAGAAUUUAUGGAGGGAUGACAAUGACUUUGCAAGAGCAAGAGGCCAGAGGGGUGGUAUGUCUAACCGUGUCUGGGGCCAAAGUUCUAGUGUUGGCUCACAAAUGAUGCAUGGAAACCAGGAGUCCUCUUCCUUUACGAGAUCUGCACCACAAGGAGUUAAAGGGAAUAGAGUUGGACGAGGAGGUAGGGGUAGACCAAUGGGCAGAGAUGGUCAACAGGUUGGGCUUCCAAUGCCAUUGAUGGGAUCGCCUUUCGGGCCACUUGGAAUGCCACCACCUGGACCGAUGCAAUCUAUAACUCCUAGCAUGUCACCAGCACCAGGUCCUCCAAUUUCCCUGGUCUUUAUUCCACCAUUCCAGCCUCCAGUUGUUUGGUCUGGUCCUCGAGGUGUUGAAAUGAACAUGCUAGCUGUCCCACCUGUUCUCUCACCUGUUCCUCCAGGGCCCUCUGCGCCUAGGUUUCCCGCAAAUAUGGGGACUCCACCAAAUCCACCUAUGUAUUUCAGCCAACCUGGUCCUAUAAGAGGAGCACCACCAAAUAUACCUGCACCAAACUUUAACCCUAUUGCACCUAUGGGGCGUGGACAAUCACAGGAAAAAUCCCCUGGAGGUUGGGUUCCUCCUAGAACUAAUGGACCCCCUGGCAAAGCUCCUCGAGGAGAGCAGAAUGAUUACUCCCAAAACUUUGUCGACACUGGUAUGCGUCCACAGAACUUUAUCAGGGAGUUAGAGCUCACUAGUGUUGUGGAGGACUAUCCAAAACUUCGGGAGCUUAUACAAAAGAAGGAUGAGAUUGUUGCCAAAUCGAAUUCCCCACCUCUUUAUCUGAAGUGCGACCUGCAUGAACAGGUGCUUUCUCCAGAGCUCCUCGGUACAAAGUUUGAUGUCAUUCUUGUGGACCCUCCUUGGGAGGAAUAUGUACAUCGAGCUCCUGGUGUUACUGAUCAUAUGGAAUAUUGGACAUUUGAAGAAAUAAUGAAUUUGAAAAUUGAGGCAAUAGCAGAUACACCUUCUUUUAUUUUUCUUUUUGGUGAUGGUGUUGGGCUUGAGCAAGGUCGACAGUGUUUGAAGAAGUGGGGAUUUAGAAGGUGUGAAGAUAUAUGUUGGGUGAACAACAAAACAAAUGCAACUCCUGGACUGCGCCAUGAUUCGCAUACUUUAUUCCAGCGCUCAAAGGAACAUUGCUUAAUGGGCAUAAAAGGGACCGUACGUCGCAGUACUGAUGGUCAUAUAAUCCAUGCCAACAUUGACACUGACGUAAUAAUUGCUGAGGAGCCUCCUUAUGGUAUGUAGUUUGUGAUCCAAAUGCCUAGGCUUGUCUUAUGUCGGCAAACUUGUCUUCUUCCCAUGGGAUGUGAAAUUUAUGAGCGCACCAUGUUCUCUCCACUCCUACAUCCUUUUGACUCUAUGAAUUUUUAGGUUUCUCCUGGUUGUUUCGGCAAUAUUUGUCGUAAACGUAGAUAAAAGCAGACAAAUGGGAGGAAGAGGCAAUCUUGUAACUGCUCUCAGGGCUUUGAAGCUUAUUAUAAAUGCUCUAGGUUUUCCUGUUACAUCUAACAAGAUGGAAAUUCCCAUGCUGCCUUCUCGUUUCUAUCCACAUAUGCCUUACCUUCCCCAUCUUUCCAUGCUUUGUUUC